AUGUCAGCGGAGAUCCGGUCGUUUGUCGAAACCUGUGAUACCUGUGCCACCUUCGCUGACAAGCAGCCCCCAGAGACUCUGAACUUGCAUGAUGUGCCGGACCGUCCGUGGUCCAAGGUCGCAAGUGACCUGUUUUCCUUCAAAGGGAAAAACUAUCUCGUUACGGUUGAUUACUUUAGUUCAUUCUUCGAACUGGAUUACCUCCAUGAUAUCACGGCAGACACCGUCAUUGCGAAGAUGAAAAUGCAUUUUGCUAGGCAUGGCAUUCCAGACAUUCUAGUCUCGGACCGCGGAACCCAGUUCACGUCUGAUCAGUUCAGGCGAUUCAGCACCAACUGGUCGUUCACACACGAGUUCAUUAGCCCGGGUAACUCAAAGGCUAAUGGUGCUGUAGAGGCCGCCGUGAAGGUGGCUCAGAAACUGUUGACAAAAUCCAAAGCAGCCAAGGAGGCUACUCAACAUCAGGAACACCCCAACGGAAGGCCUACAGUCUAG